AUGCGAUACGAUGCGAUGCGAUACGAAUCUGUCGCAUUUCUCCUAAUUUGUGUCGCAGAUCAGCUAAUUUGUGUCGAAGAUCAGCUAAUUCGUGUCGAAGAUCAGCUAAUUUGUGUCGCAGAUCAGCUAAAUUUGUGUCGAAGAUCAGCUAAUUUGUGUCGAAGAUCAGCUAAUUUGUGUCGAAGAUCAGCUAAUUUGUGUCGAAGAUCAGCUAAUUUGUGUCGAAGAUCAGCUAAUUUGUGUCGAAGAUCAGCUAAUUUGUGUCGAAGAUCAGCUAAUUUGUGUCGAAGAUCAGCUAAUUUGUGUCGAAGAUCAGCUAAUUUGUGUCGAAGAUCAGCUAAUUUGUGUCGAAGAUCAGCUAAUUUGUGUCGAAGAUCAGCUAUUUGUGUCGAAGAUCAGCUAAUUUGUGUCGAAGAUCAGCUAAUUUGUGUCGAAGAUCAGCUAAUUUGUGUCGAAGAUCAGCUAAUUUGUGUCGAAGAUCAGCUAAUUUGUGUCGAAGAUCAGCUAAUUUGUGUCGAAGAUCAGCUAAUUUGUGUCGAAGAUCAGCUAAUUUUGUCGAAGAUCAGCUAA